AUAUUUUUACUUAUUUGUUUAAAUACUUAUAUUGCAAUAAGAUUUUUAAUUUACUUAUAUUCAAAAAAAUAUAGAGACAGAUUCUAACACUGAAUUAACAUAUCAUAUUUGAUGGAGUACACCAGUCAAAAAUAUGUCCUAAUUUAUUGUUUAACUGAUAAAUCAAUAGCAAUUGUUCAUGUUGACGAUGUUGUUGGAUGGAAUUCAGAUGAAUUUGAAAAACUCAAAAUUUGUAGAAGAGUUGAAUUAAGGGUUAAAAAUGAUGAUAGUAUGAUAAAGGUUUUAGUUUUGCAGUGUGGGGCAAAUUAUGAUGCCCUCAAGGAAACUUUAAAGUUUGUUUCUGAAAUGAAACGAAAAAAACAAACAAUAAAUUUCAUUCAAACAUAUUUCAACCCUGUCCGUGGUUUAAACAGACAACGACUGCCUCCUGUUUAUCCUCUUCACACAGCCUCUGAAGAUUCAAAUUUGGAUACAGAUUUUUGUUCUGAGUCAGUGGCCACACAUAACCAGGAAAGUGUCUGUAAAUCAGUUGCCCUAAAGCCUCUGCCACCACUGAAACCUUUUAAUUUUCAUUUUAAACAAACAGUAAUUAUUGAUUAUGUUAUAUGUUUAAUUUAAGUUUUUUUUUUAGCA